AUGCAGUUGACCGGAUGGCCAGAGUACACGGCUAUGAUCUACUUUCCGAUCAUUCUGAUCGGACUCGUCGGCAACGGACUCUCGUUGUACGUGUACACGACUCCGAACAUGCGCAAGUCGACCGUCGCCUUCCUUCUCUACUCGCUCUCCAUCUGCGACAUCUUCGUGCUCAUUUUUGCGUUGCCCUUGUACAGCGUCUGCCAUUUACCCAUCUGGGAUAACCCGUAUUAUCCGUACUCGAAACGUCGCCUCUGCAUCGCCAUUUCCACAAAAUUCUUCUAUCCGUUGUGUAUGACUGCCAAGACCGCCAGCCAAUAUAUAAUGGUUCUGAUCACGAUCGAACGAUGGAUUGCCGUCUGCCGGCCACUUCAGGUUCACUCACUUUCGGAUCCUCUCUUUCCAUUUUCAUUUUUUUUCAGGUUCAUAUUUGGUGCACCUUCAAGAAUUCCGUCAAAAUUGUCAUCGCCAUCAUUUCUUUCUCGAUUGUUCUAAAUUUUCCCAAGUUUUUCGAAUAUGGAAUAGGCUACACGAAGAGUAAUGGAUAUUUUCCGACAACUGGAAUCCUGGACUCUAACAAUCACUGGUGGUACUUCAUCUGGUACUUCAUUGUGAUCUCAGUCAUCUUCGACUAUCUUCUGCCUUUUUGAUCAUGUUCGUUGCCAAUAUGAAAGUCAUAAACGAAUUGAGAAAGUCCAGAAAGGAAAGAGCACUUUUGACGACGUCGGUGAGCGAGCGAUAAUAUUAGUGGGGGAUAUUAGAAGCAAGUUCAUUUUCAGCUGCAAAAAGAGCAGAAUACGACCGUAAUGCUCCUGGUCGUCACAAUUCUCUUCGCGUUCUGCCACUUUUUCAACAUGGCUCUCAAGAUUGCCGAGAGUAUUUUCGGCGACUUCCUCACCAGACACGUGAGCAAAUACUUGAGACUUUCCAUGAAUUUCAGUUCCGAUUCAGAACCAAUACUUUGAAAUAAUGAUAGACAUUUUUAAUCUGCUCAUCGUCAUCCACAUCGGCACCACUUUCUUCAUCUACUACUUCUUCUCAUUUCGAUUUCGCAACAUACUUCUCUAUUUGUUCAAGUGGGACAUUUCCGGAAUCUUCUUCUUCAUUUCAAUACUUGCAGGAAGCGACGAGACCUACCCGAAAACAGUCUGACCGACCUGAACAAACGAAAACUGUUCCAAAAGUCGGAUUCGGUUUGCACGACGCUCCUGAAGACAUCCCCGAAGGCGUCGACUGAUCUUCCCUGUUAG